AUGGGUUCCGUCGGUCGUCCUGAGCCUCUGCGCCUGGGAAGCAUUGCUCCCAACUUCGAUGCCGAGACCACCAAUGGUCCCAUCAACUUCCACGAAUUCAUUGGUGACAAGUGGGUUGUGCUUUUCUCGCACCCCGAAGACUACACUCCCGUCUGCACGACUGAGCUCGGUGCUUUCGCAAAGCUCGAACCUGAGUUCGCCAGAAGAGGCGUCAAGCUGAUUGGCCUGUCAGCAAACACAAUCGAAAGCCACGGCGGAUGGAUCAAGGACAUCAACGAGAUCAGUGGCAGUGACCUCAAGUUCCCAAUUAUCGGCGACAAGCAGAGACAGGUUGCCCUUGCCUACGACAUGUUGGACCAGCAGGAUGCUACCAACGUGGACUCCAAGGGCAUUGCAUUCACCAUCCGCUCAGUCUUUGUCAUCGACCCCAAGAAGACCAUCCGAACCAUUCUCUCCUACCCUGCUUCGACUGGCCGCAACACUGCUGAGGUCCUGAGAAUUGUCGACUCUCUCCAGACCGGCGACAAGCACAAGGUCACCACGCCCAUCAACUGGGUGCCGGGCGAUGACGUUAUUGUCCACCCAUCAGUCAAGAACGAGCAGGCAAAGGAGCUGUUUCCAGACUUCAAGAUCAUCAAGCCAUACCUGCGAACAACUCCUCUGCCAAAGGACAAGACAAGCGCUGCUUGA